AUGGAUGGCGCGGUCGAACUGUGUGUCAGUUUGCCCAGUGGCACCAGUACGGUUCUCUCCGCCGCGCGCUGUUGCACGAUUCGUGAGCUGAAGCGCAAAGUAGCCGCGGAAGCUGAGUCUUCGGGUCAAGUCGUCUUGACCCUUGUGGCUCCAGACGGGUGUGUUUUAGAAGAGGGGCAGUCAGUGGAAGCUGCUGGGCUUCAUGACGGGGACACCAUCACUGCAAUCAAGACGCAGGCACCGCAGAUGGCGGCAACAACGAAACGAACGAACCUGGGCCGCGUGCUGCCAAUGAAUGGCGCUUUUGCCACGUGCUUUCCUGGAUGCAACUUAGUUGUGGCGUGGGGUGAUCCAGAGGCAGGCGGUGACUGCAGCCGAGUGCAGGAGCAGCUUCAAAACGUUCAGCAGAUUCAGGCCACGGACGGGGCAUUUGCCGCCAUCCUAGCAGAUGGGUCAGUGGUCACGUGGGGACAUGAAUGGCCAGGGGGGGACUCUCGCAAAGUUCAAGCGCAACUUCGCCACGUGAAGCAGAUUCAGGCCACCGCGACGACCUUUGCCGCCAUCCGAGCAGACGGAUCGGUUGUGACAUGGGGAGGCGCCCACCACCCCAAGGACGUUCAGGACCAGCUACGGAAGAUUCAUCAAAUUCAGAGCAGUCACAACGCCUUUGCCGCAAUCCGAGAAGACGGAUCAGUGGUGACCUGGGGUAGUUGGAUCGAACGCUACGACUCCGAGGAAGUUCGAGAGCGGCUGCGAAACGUGCAGGAAAUUCAAGCCACGACGGGCGCGUUCGCCGCGAUCCUUGCAGAUGGUUCAGUUGUGGCCUGGGGGUUUUCAGAUAAAGGUGGUGACUGCAAAAAGGUUGAAUCGCAACUGCGAAAUGUGAAACACAUCCAAGCCACAAAUGCUGCUUUUGCUGCUGUCUUGACAGAUGGGUCAGUUGUUGCAUGGGGCGAUCCAGCUGCAGGUGGUGACUGUAGAGAAGUUCAAUCAAGGCUUGGAAAUGUGCAACAGAUCCAGGCUACCCAUUUCGCCUUUGCGGCAAUUCUGGCAGAUGGAUCAGUUGUCGCAUGGGGUGGUCCCGAUGCAGGUGGCGACUGCAGUGAAGUUCAACUGCAGCUUCGGAAUGUGCGGCAGAUACAAGCCACAGCUGUUGCAUUUGCCGCCAUCUUGGCAGAUGGAUCAGUCGUUGCAUGGGGCGAUCCCCAUGGAGGUGGCGACUGCAGCCAGAUUCAAGAAGAGCUUCGAAGUGUGCAGCAGGUUCAGUCCACACAUAGCGCAUUUGCUGCGAUCCUUGAAGACGAAACGGUGGUGACAUGGGGCAGCUCGGCAGGUGGGGGCGACUGCAGUGGAGUUCAUGGGCAGCUUCGGAACGUGAAGCAGAUUCAGGCCACACAUGCCGCAUUCGCUGCAGUUUUGGCAAAUGGAUCCGUCGUGACAUGGGGUGAACCAAGUUCAGGCGGUGACUGCAGCCAAGUGCGAGACCAGUUUGGCGUUCUGUGA